AUGAGGCACCGUCGUUCCCACAGUGGAUGCAGUAUAUCAGAGUAUUCCCCGCAGGGUUGCUCUGCAGUAGGACAGCAUAUUCGCUCAUAUAGUUUUUAUGUUAUCAUAGGGACCUCAAGACGUGAAGCAGACGAGCAGAUCAGUGAGAAGGACUUCAAGUUGCAGUCCCUCUUGUCAGAGAUGUGCUCCGAUUGGAAAGACAAUGAUAAAUUUAAGAAAGAGCAGACAGGACCAUCUGUGGAUCAUGGAAAAGAGAUAGAACAAGAAGAAACUGACAAGGAGGCGAGAAAGCAGAAAAAAAGGAAAAUCGACGCUGAAGAGGACACGACGGAAGGCACUGCAGAACCUUCACAUCUGGAACGGAAAGAUGAUUCAAAAAAAGACACAGUACAAGUUGUUGCUGGGGAAGAGAGAAAGAGUGUGGGUACAUCUCAUCAACGAAGGAAACGCAAAGCAACACAAGAUUCAGACUCUACAAUUACAUGCCCAGUGUCCAAAAUACCUGAAAGGAGGUGCAACUGGGUUGGAACACUGGACAGUUUACAUCGCCACGUCACCUGCGACCACUGGGGUAUCUACAGGAGCGGCCCUAUUUUCCGCUGCGGGUCUUUCCAGAACAAGGUUCUGCUAAUUUUAUUCAACCAAGAAAUAUUUCUGUACUAUAAGCAUGUUACAUACACUGGCAUAGUGUACGCGGUCGUGCAGCAAGUCGGUGUUACUAACAAGGAAUUUAAGUACACAAUAAAGCUCCGGGCAGAGGAUGAAACAGUGGAAAACAUUACUUUUAGCUUUAAAACAGAGAAGACAAGUGAGCCUCUUGAAAUCAUUUUCGAUGCCCGCAGGUGCAUGGCUAUGACCGACGAGAGUUUGAUACCGUUUGUAGCAAAACAUGAAUUAAACAUGACGGUGAAAAUAAGCGAAACUGCUACACACAGCGAUAGGCCGACUGAAGUCACUAAGGGAGUUAACACGGGAAAAAGGAAGAAGAUGAGAGCUCAUCAGGAAGAGAAAGCUGGUUCAGUCGCAAAGGGAGACGUAAAAACGACUUCUGCAGUUACAUGUCCGUUGUUGAAGAUACCACAAUAUUCCUGCGAUUGGGCUGGCUCAUUAAAGGACUUAGAGGCUCACGUGAUACAACACCAUGCGAGGAUUCUGAUUCAGAGUAAUGUUUUCCAAUGCAGUGCCCUUGAACAUAAAGUUUUGCUAAUACUAUUUAACAAAGAAAUAUUCCUAUAUUACAAAUAUAUCUCAACAGGUGGUGUAACUUAUGUAAUUGUACAGCAAGUUGGAGUUACUAGAGAAAAAUACAGUGCCUAA